AUGGUUGGAGCCACUCGGCCAUUGAAACGUUUGAAUCUUCGCAUUGCGGCGCUUCUGGACAACAGUACAGAAUGGUUUGGUACACGAGCGUUGCAAGCUUUAGCGUACUUCCCGAAUCUCACUCAUCUUUCACUGUGGACUUGCGCUCUGCCUGAUAAUUUACCACAAAUACUGGCCAGUUCACCGCUGGCAAACAAUUUAACAAUGUAA